AUGACGAACUUCACUCUCACCGAGCUCCUAACUCUAUACGACCUUGUCGCUACCCGCAUGCGUGCCAAAUGGUAUGAAGGACGUGGUGCAAGAAAUGGCGUGAGCACGGUCGAUGCGUUCUUCAUGAUGCUGACUGUGCUGAAGCACUAUCAAUCAUGGGAGAAACACGCUGUUGAUUUCAACAUCCGAGCGCCAACUUUCCAGAAGCUCAUGAAGAAAACGAUGGCCACUGUCGAACCUCAGCUUUUCAAUGUGUUUGUCCGUGUUCCGACGAUGACGUCUCUUCGCGAGAACAAUGCAACGUUUUCCUCGUACCCGUAUGCUCUCUACGCAACGGACGUCAAGUUUCAACCCUGUGAAAGACCAAGUGGCAGGUUCAACGAGAAGAAGGAGUUCUUUAGUGGUAAACACAAACUCUAUGGACUGAAGAUUGAAGCAAGUGUGUCCCCUGAAGGCUACUGUGUGGACCUCAGUGAUCACCAUCCUGGCGCGACAGCUGACAUUUCCAUCUUCCGCAAGAGGCUUCCAGUCCACCAAGAUACCCUAUUGAAGACUGAGAAUGAGAUGCUUGUUACCGACAACGGGGAAUUGUGGAAUACGUACCAGAGUAUGUGGGCUGUGCUCGUGGACAAGGGGUACUACGGGCUAUCCAAAGAGCUCCGUGCCAUCCAUCCCACGAAAGAGCGGCGCAACGAACAUCUUGAGCUGUCGGAAGUUGAGCGGAACAAGAACAUCUCCUCCGAUCGUGUGAUCGUUGAGAAUUUCUUCGGCCGCGUAUGCAUGCUGUGGAAGGUGUCGUACGCUACUUUCGUGUGGGGUCAUGACAUGUACUCCAUGAUCCAACGCCUUACCUUCGCAUUGACCAACUUUCACGUUUCGCUCCUCCCUCUCCGUGAUGGUGACGCAGCGUGGUACCGUUCAGUCUUAGCUCGUUACGAGCACAUGGCCUACGAGAACGGUAAGAAGAAAGCCGAAAUUCAACGACGUGCGCGUAUCCGACGCAAUGAACGCGUUGCUUUGAGUCGCACCCGCUCGUCCCGUGUUGGACGCCAAUGA